AUGGCUAACCCGGAUCAAGUAGCGAACAAUUCCGAUCCGGCAACACCGGCGAAUAAUCAGACGACCGACUGUAUGUGCUGCGAUCGCCCGGAGUCGAUUGACGAUUGCGUACAAUGCGAUCAAUGCAGCGGAUGGUGGCAUAUGACGUGUGCGGAAGUUACGACCUCGGUGGCAGAUCGAUCGUGGACCUGUAGUCAUUGCCUGCCGAUGAGUGUUUCUUCUAGGACAACGACAUCCAGCGUAAGAGCGGCCCGAUUAGCUCUGAAGAAGCAGCAGUUGGAAGAGCAACAAGCAAUGGAGCAACGACAUCUGGCCGAAAAAUACAAGCUUCUGCAAGAGGAACUGAACGAGAUCGAUGAAACUAGCAGCAACAGAAGCAGGAUCAGCCGACGAACGAGCCUAGAUAAGGUGAAGCAGUGGCAACAGAAAUGUGCGGAGCAGAUCGAUGGUGCCCAAGGUCUUCCACCAAUGGGCUCACCGACGGAACCCGUUGCAGUUCCUCCGGCUUCACGAAUGGAUUCUAGAGAGGACGGUUUAAUGCCAUCUGUGGAUAUGUCGAAUAUCAUCGCUUCAAAACUACCUCCAGUGGGACCAAAUACGCAGGUGCAGUCUGAUGCUAGCCAGGGAAAGCUGGUAUCCGAGAGAGUUCCUCAGGGAGAGGCGAUAAACAAUGAUCGGCGUAACACUGUCGCCACAGAGGGACAUCGAGGGUACAGUUUCCACCAACCAUCCUUGAACUCGACAGUGAAAGCACCCAGUUAUCCGGAACCAAGCCGGGCAUUGAAGAACCAGCAGCAGCACACCGGCGCGAUCCCUAAAGUGGUUCCGAAACAAAAGGAGGUAGCUGACGCUGUAGGUAAAACCCUUCCCCAUGAGAUCCCCGUAGCACAAGGUAAGCCACCUCAUGAUCCUAUUAGUGAUCAAUUCAUACCCCCGAAAUUCGAAAACUCACUCCAACACAUUACGAAACAGUUCGGAAGCCUGGCACCGUCAGCCAUGGUUUCUUCUUUCCAUGUAUACGGAGCCAACACUCAUUUACCAUCAGAAACGAGUAUUGGCAUAACACCAUCGGCAAAUCCGAUGCUAUCUUCCGGGUCAGCUCCCCCAUCAAUGGGACUGCCGAAUGUUGGCCAUGGGCCACAUGUUAAUCCGGUUCUACCCACCGGCCAAGUUCCCCCUCCGCCGGGACUGGCGCAAGCUGGCCAUUUGCCACAAGUGAAUCCGGUUCUAUCUACCGGCCAAGUUCCCCCUACGUCGGGACUGGCACAUACUGGCUAUUUGCCACAAGUAAAUCCGGCUCAAUUCUGCGGUCAGGUACCCCUUUCGUUGAGACUGUCGCAAGUUGGCCAUUUGCCACAUGCAACACCGGUUCUACGCACUGGCCAAGUUCCCCCUCCGUCGGGACUGCCGCAAAUUCUAUCCGUCGGUCAAGUUCCCCCUUCGUCGGGACUACCACUUGUAGACCAAUUCACCCCCUCACCCUCGCAGUUAGCCGCGCGUCAAGUGAUGUCACGUGAUCUACCGACUUUUUCGGGCGACCCUGCUGACUGGCCGAUAUUCAUCAGUACCUUUAUGAAUAGUUCUCUGUCAUGUGGUUUCAACAGUGCUGAAAACCUCGCGCGACUUCAACGCUGUUUGAAAGGGCCCGCGUACGAAUCUGUUAAAAGUCGAUUAUUACUUCCGGAAUCUGUGCCCCAAGUGAUUGAUACCCUUCGUUUGCUGUAUGGACGGCCUGAAUUGUUGAUAAAUGCUCUACUACAAAAGGUGAGAAGUGUUCCAGCUCCGAAAGCAGAAAAGUUGGAGACCAUCAUCGAUUUCGGCAUGGCUGUGCGCAGCCUGUGCGACCAUCUGGAGGCAGCUGGUCAGCGGGAACAUCUAUCCAACCCUACCUUGCUGAUGGAGUUAGUGGAAAAGUUGCCCGCUCAUACCAAAAUGCAGUGGGCGGACUACAUGCAACUGCAUCCAGUGGUCAACCUGAAGGCGUUCGGUGAUUUCAUGUUUGGAGUCAUCACGGCGGUCAGCAGAGUAACCAUGUACACCGGCGGAAGCAGCGACAGCCAACAUAAAGCGAAACAGAAGGGGACGAUAAACGCUCACACCAGCGAAAGAAGUGAUAUUCGUGAACCAGUGCGAGAGAUUGUGAGAGAACGAGUGUGUGUUUGCUGCAAGAAGCCAUGGCAUCGACUAGCAGAGUGUUCUAUCUUCAAAACAUACACGGUUGACGAACGCUGGAAGUUCGCACAGAAUAAUGGACUGUGUCGGAGUUGCCUGAACGCUCAUGGAAGGAGGAGUUGCAAGAAUGCAAUGCAGUGUGUGAUAGAAGGAUGUCAUUAUCGCCAUCAUCCCCUGCUGCAUUCCAAUCAACCCAAUGCCAGCUCUCAGUCUUUACAACCGUUAUCGACGGCACAGAAUCACAUGCACCGACGUCUGGUGAGGCAGCUCGGAAUCGAAGGAUCGAAGAAACCGCUGUGUCUGAAAUGGACAGGUAACGUCACCAGAAUCGAAUCAGAAUCGAAGCACGUGAGCAUCGUGGUGAAGGGAGCGAGCGGUCAACAAGAAUUCUCUCUCAAUGACGUCCGGACUGUAGAAGAGCUGACUUUACCAGAACAAAGUCUUGAGUACGAUGACCUGUCCCAACAAUACCAUUAUUUGAAGGGAUUGCCGGUAGUUAGCUACAAAAAAGCGGUUCCACGGCUGUUGAUAGGAGUCAACAACGCGAAUCUGACAGUCCCACUAAAAGUGAGAGAAGGGAAGAAAGGUGAACCUAUUGCAGUGAAAACCCGACUGGGAUGGUGCAUCUUCGGUGGUUGUGGUGAGAAGGUGACACACUCAUUGAACUACCAUACCUGCGAAUGCUCCAACGACCAAGAGUUGCAUAACAUUGUGAAAGAAUAUUUCACGAUGGAAGAUGCAGGAGUAAAGUUACCGGAGAUGUUGGAAUCCGAAGAGGACAAGCGAGCUAGGAGGAUUCUAGAAGAAACCACGGUUCGAGUUGGUGGACGGUUCCAAACAGGUUUAUUAUGGAAGUAUGACACUGUUGAGUUCCCAGACAGUUACAACAUGGCGGUAAAAAGAUUUGAGUGUUUGGAACGCAAGAUGGUCCGAGAUCCAGAGCUGGCGGUGAACCUAAAGAACCAGAUUUCGGAAUAUCAGACGAAAGGAUAUGCCCAUCGAGCGACGAGAGAAGAGUUAGUCCAAGCAGAUCCGAAACGCGUGUGGUACCUGCCCUUGGGUGUAGUGACAAACCCACGAAAGCCGGGUAAAGUUCGGCUAAUAUGGGACGCAGCCGCAAAAGUGGACGGAAUAGCCUUAAACUCGAUGCUACUAAAAGGUCCGGAUCAACUGGUUUCGCUUCCUGCAGUUCUGUCACGUUUCCGUCAAUUCAAAGUGGGCGUCUCUGCAGAUAUCAGAGAAAUGUUUCAUCAGUUGCAGAUUCGUGAAACCGAUCGCCAUUCUCAACGAUUUCUUUUCCGUGACGACCCGUCAAAGCCAAUAGAAAUCUACCUUAUGGACGUUGCAACAUUUGGAUCUACUUGUUCGCCGGCGUCGGCGCAAUACGUGAAAAACAAAAACGCCGAGGAGUUUUUGGACAUCUUUCCACGGGCAGCCGAAGGAAUCAUAGAGAAUCACUACGUGGACGAUUAUCUUGAUAGCUUUGAGGAUGAUGAAGAGGCUGAACGGGUGUCGAACGAAAUCCAAUCAAUACACCAGAGAGGAGGCUUUGAACUUAGGAAUUGGCUGUCGAAUAGUGAAAAAGUUUUACGUGGCUUGAACGAGGAGGAUCCUAAAGCAAGCAAAAGCCUGUGUUUGAAUACAGUUGAUAGUAGUGACCGAGUUUUGGGCAUGUUGUGGCACACUGCGGAAGACGAGCUUCGCUUUUCGAUGAAGAUGAAGGAGGAGGUCCAACUGGUGUUAGAUAGCGGGAAGCGGCCUACAAAGCGACAAAUGUUGAGAUGCUUGAUGGGAAUCUUUGACCCAUUGGGACUUUUGAGCGUAUUCCUGGUUCACGGAAAGAUACUUCUCCAGGAUGUGUGGCGAUCUGGACUGCAGUGGGAUGAGAUGGUAUCAGGAGAUAUCUUCGAGCGCUGGAGAAGAUGGACCGGUCUGUUUCCCAAGAUCGGCGAGCUGCAUGUUCCUCGAUGUUACUUCAAGCAAGCCACUGUACGGACGUAUGAACAACUUCAGCUGCACGUUUUUGUCGAUGCGAGCGAAGCCGCUUUCGCUGCCGUGGCGUACUUCCGAGUAAUCAACGAUAAUGGAGAACCUGAAUGCUCAAUAGUUGCCGCAAAAACAAAGGUCGCGCCCCUAAAACCACUCUCAAUACCGCGCUUGGAGUUGCAAGCUGCUGUUUUGGGAAGCCGUUUGCUGUCUUUCGUUCAAGAGAGUCACACCGUAAAAUUUAAGAAGCGAUUCCUGUGGAGCGAUUCCGCAACAGUAUUGGCCUGGCUACGGGCUGAUCAUCGUCGGUACAAGCAGUACGUAGCGUGCCGUAUAGGAGAGUUACUGUCAGCGACGGAUGUAGCAGAAUGGCGAUGGGUUCCCAGCAAUUUAAACCCAGCAGACGCAGCAACGAAAUGGGGGAAAAAUGCAUGCCCGGACGUGAACAACGAAUGGUUCAGAGGCCCAAAGUUCCUGGGAGACUCUGAAGAGAACUGGCCAAAGCAAGCUCAACAGUCAAUGAAUCCGGAAGAGGAACUGCGGACGUGCUUUGUUAUCCAAGGAUCGAUGACGCAGGAAAGUGUAUUAGACUUCACACGCUUCUCGAAGUGGCGGCGACUGCUUGGUGCGAUGGCAUAUAUCCAUCGUUUCUUAGAUAAUUGUAGGCGUAAAUGUCGAAACGAAAAGUUAGAGCUACAGUACCUAAGCCAGGAUGAGUUGCAGAAAGCAAAGAACACUUUGAUGCGAAUCGUGCAGUGGCAGGAGUACCCCGAAGAGAUGGCUCUGUUUUUGAAAGGAUCAGUGGAGUUGCCAAGGACUAGCAGUUUAUAUCAGUUGACACCGGCAGUUGACGAAUAUGGAGUGCUGCGCGUCGAUGGAAGGAUUGGUGCCGCACCACAUGUGGCGUUUGAUGCGCGGUUUCCGGUUAUACUUCCAAGGAGGCAUCCGGUAACAAAACUUGUGGUAGAGGACUUUCAUCGAACAUUUCAACACGGGAAUUCAGAAACGGUGGUGAACGAGAUUCGCCAGUUUUUCCACAUCUUUCGAUUAAGGACGGUGGUGAAGCAAGUCACUGCCGCAUGCCAGUGGUGUAAGGUGAUGAAGGCGACUCCUAAAGUUCCACGAAUGGCUCCACUGCCUGUUGCCCGGUUGUCAUCAUUCGCCCGUCCAUUCACUUACACCGGCAUCGAUUUCUUCGGACCCUUGCUGGUGAAAGUAGGAAGGAGUGCUGCCAAACGUUGGAUCUGCUUAUUCACUUGCUUAACUACUCGUGCCGUCCAUGUUGAGGUUGCCUACAGUCUCUCAACUCAAUCAUGCGUGAAAUGCGUUCGCCGUUUCGUCUGCCGCCGUGGUGCACCGGCAGAGAUAUAUACUGAUAAUGGUACAAACUUCCUUGGCGCCGAGCGUAUCUUACGAGAACAGAUUAGAGCGUUACACAGCGAUUUAUCGGCAACAUUCACCAAUACAGACACCAAAUGGAUCUUCAUCCCCCCAGGAGCACCUCACAUGGGCGGCGCGUGGGAAAGGAUGGUGCGAUCUGUAAAGUCUGCCAUGGAAUCAGCGUACAAUAGUGAUCGAAAGUUGGACGAUGAAGGCUUGGAAACUUUGGUCGUCGAAGCUGAAGGGAUUGUCAAUAGCAGACCGCUCACGUACUUACCGUUAGACGCCGCUGAAGGAGAAUCACUCACGCCAAAUCACUUCCUUCUCGGAAGUUCCAGAGGUGUACGCCAGCCUGCCGUGCCAUGCAGCGAUCCUGCCACAGCAAUCAAGAAUUCAUGGACCCUUAUACAACAUCAGCUAGACGUUUUCUGGAAGCGAUGGGUUCGAGAAUACCUUCCGAUGCUAACAAGGCGCAUGGAAUGGUUCGGGGAAAUAGCACCGGUAGCUGCAGGAGAUCUGGUACUCAUUGUGGACGAUACCAGAAGGAACGGAUGGACCCGUGGACGAGUUAAAGAAGUUCUGACAGCUGAAGACGGUCGAGUUAGGCAAGCUGUUGUACAGACCGCGAGGGGGUUGUUACGUAGACCGGUGGCAAAGUUGGCUGUGUUGGAGGUUGAGUCAGGUGGUAAAACUGGAACCGGUGGCCAGUGUUACGGGGGGGAGGAUGUAGCUGCCAGCACUGUUCCGCAGUGUGACCGUACCUGAAUAGUCUCGGAACGGCCUGAGAUGUCACCCGUCGGGAGAUGUCAAAACGAAGUCUGCGAAUAAUGAGAUGAUUGUCACUCCAUAGACAAAGAAGCAAGACGUAGUGCGAGAGCGUGGUUCGUUAAAAUUGUUAAAAUCUGAACUACAAUUUAUUGAAUUUUUAUGUAUUUUCAGUUACUCUUAAAGCUAAUAUCCAUAUCUUUGAACUUAAACUAACUUAUCCUAAGUGUAUCACAGUCAGACGUGUUAUCACAGUUGGAAGAUUAUCACAGUCAUUGUACAGUGAACACGAGGGAUACGAACACCAAAAUCAUAUUCAAUAGGCUCAAAGACCGAAAAUUCUUAAAGCUGUCUUCACACCCUACUUACUGGAGUUUGUGAGCUGCUACGAGGAAUCGGAAAGAGCCCUUUGUUCCUUUGAACAAUUGUUAUUGGUAUCCA